AUGCACUCGGUAGCAGAGAGAACCUUGCUUCGAUGGCACGGCUUUCUGUGCCUGUCUCGACACCCACAGCCGUGGUACAAGGACAGGUUGCGCGAGGAAAUCCGCGAACGACGCCUCGCAAUGACCCCCCUCCAAAAGCUCAGCGAGACGGCCGAUGUAUUCUAUAUUAUCAGCCGAGCACAGCACGAUGGUCACCCUCUCCGAAGACUCCCCGAUUUUGCCCUUCCGCAUCUCGUCGUAUACGCGUACCUGCUUUCGAAAUACACAUCGAGGUGGCAGUUUUACCGAACAGCCGCCUUCUUGUGCGAUCAUUCCGAGCCGUCUUCAAUAAGCGAAGUCGUCAACCCGAACAAAGAUCAUAAGGUGCAAGAGGUUGCGUGCCGCCAUGCGAUCGAUCCGGCCAGCUUUACACGAGUUUGUCGUCGGCUUCGGAUGGUAUGGCCCCUCCUGCCGUGA